AUGGCGGCGCCGGGCGCCGCGUCGGGGUCGGUGUCGGUGUCGGGGCCGGGAGGGCCGGCUGGCCUGGAGGUGGCCCUGCAGAAGCUGGCGCUGCGGCGGAAGAAGGUGUUGAGCGCCGAGGAGAUGGAGCUGUACGAGCUGGCGCAGGCGGCGGGCGGCGCCAUCGACCCCGACGUGUUCAAGAUCUUGGUCGACCUGCUGAAGCUGAACGUGGCCCCGCUUGCUGUCUUCCAGAUGCUCAAAUCCAUGUGUGCCGGGCAGAGACUGGCCAGUGAGCCCGCGGACCCCGCGGUCUUGCCUCUGCCCGUGGCCAGUGUGUCUGAGACCCGAGGGAGAAACAAAGGCAACACCUCACUCAAUGGAGCCCCGACCCUGGCAGAACGAAGUAGCCGAGAAGCAGCUGGCCAGAGGAUGCCCAGACAGCCCAGUGCUACGAGGCUGCCUAAGGCGGGAGGAUCUGGGAAGAGCCCCACUCGGGGCAACACCUGA